AAGGACCAACAGAGCAAACAUCUUUGUAGUGGAUGCAAACUGCCUAUAACUGACCGUUUCUUGUUAGAAGCUUUGGGAAUGUACUGGCACGAGGGGUGUUUAAAAUGCAAUUGCUGUGAAUGCAAACUCGGUGAUAUUGGUUCGACGCUGUACAGUAAGGCAAACCUUAUCCUCUGCAAGCGAGACUACUUGAGGUUAGUAAUGAACGUACGAACAUUAUAGGAGAAAUGAUCGCUCGAAAUAUGACAGAUCGGUAAGUCCCAUUCCCCUACCCCACUAUGAUUAUAAUUGGCUAAAUGGCAUUAAAUACACAAAAGAAUUGGUUAAAAACAUUUGACAAAGGACAAAUGAGGAGGUGAUUAGUUUGGGAAUUAAAAGUGUAAAAAUGAUAACAAAGAUGAAUACGGAUUACAACUCGUUCGUUAGCGAUAGGCAAUCAAGAUAUCAAGACUAAUAUUCAUGUUAGUUUUGAGUUUUAUACUUGCUCUCUGAGGUUGACAUUUUCUUGCUUUGAUCGUUUUGUUUUAUUUUCUCUCUUAAUUGUUAAUUUACUGCGCGUAAAGGGUGUUCUUGGCCAUACACAGUUAAAUGAAUCGUACAUCAGUACACUCCAGAUCCUUUCCUCUAGUAUUUACACUGAGUACAAAUUUAUUUUCCCUUAAGCCAACGAGGAAAUAGUCGUAACGUGCCUCAAAGGAACGACAUUUCCUAUGUUUAAUACCAUAGAAAAAAUAUUAUGAGUUCGAGGUGAUGCUUUUAAGCAUCACCUCGAUGAGGAGAAUUAUAUGUACGGAAUGAAAUGUUUCACUUCGAAUUACCACAGAAGAUCAUGUAUCAGAGGACAGCACACUGCCUGUUAUGUAAAUUGACGUACUAUCGUUUGAUUCUUAAAGAUGAAACGCGAUUUUGCCCUCAUACUGCUGAAUGAAAUCAAUUUUUCAGUCUGCUUCUAUUGUUAAAAUUAACGGUAUUUGCUUGCUUGACCCACUAUUACCACCAGAGUGUAUUUGUCUAGUAUUGACAAAAGAGCAGUGUAAUUAUCGCCGGAGUCUUGGCCACAUUUUUUUAGAAUAAUCUGAAAAUAUAGCUAAAUUAUGCGGCAGCGUAGCUUAAGAAAAAAAAAAUGCAACAUUUUCUGUCGUUCAACUCGAAAUUGCUCUUGAAGUCGCCAAAAAAUUCGACAUAUUCUCACAGCCAAGAAUGCCUUUACAAAUUCCGCUACAAAAAGGAUUUAAUGAUUUUUGUUAAGAUUUAGGAUCACGUAUAACCACAGUGGCAUGUACAGCCAGUCGAGAACUCCAGUCGUCGCUUGAUGAAAGUUCCAAGCAGGGAGCCGCCGAGAAACAAGGGUGUUAAUUUUUACGUAAAAAAAACUAUUAAUAAUUAUUUUUUUCGCGGUAUAUCAAAGAUUCUGAUCCGAUAGAGCGACGUCAAAAUCAUUAGUUCCACCAGAAUUUGAAGCUGAAAAUUUUAGAGAUUUUCCUUUCCCCUUCAUUUUUUAAAUUACUAUAAAUUAUUUUUUUACAUUUUCUUCAUCAAUUAAGAGUUGAGGUCACUAAAAGAUACUUAAAAGAACCGAUGAAUAAUUAAGCAUGACCUGCACUUCUUUAAGAUAACAAUUACAAUUAAAAAAGGCCUUUUUAUUAACUGAAAUUGGAUAUGCCGGCUGGCUGAGAGUUGUUGAAAUUUCUCCUUAUUAAUUUCUCGUCUUCAAAACCUCAAAUCCAUUAUCCAGGUUAAAAUGAGAGGGCGGACUGGUGUGGUUACCCCAACCGAGUCAGCCGAGUUUACCGGAUUCGUGUUAAUCGAAGUCAACUACGGCGUGCGGAUUUUCAGAGGGUCCGUCUCAAAGGGUUAGGAUUAGUUGUAAACUACCAAAUAUCUUAUUCGUUGGGCUUAGAUAAAAGAAAAUGCUUGACACUAAAGGGAAAAAAGAGAACCGCAAAAAGUGUUUUCGAGCGCUAAGAGAUUUUUCUUGACGGUGUAGAAAUUUAUAGUGCUUAGAGUGGAAACUGGAUUUUCAACUUUUACGGACUUCUUUUUCUUUUUCCUCUUUUCAAGUCUGACUGUACUUACAGAAAUAAAUUACAGCGAAACUCAGAAAACCGUGACCACCAUUAAUAUUUCUGGAAUAUUAGACCGCUACAAAGAAAAAGGCAACGAGGAAGUGAGAAAACUAAACCGCAAGCAACAAAAUUGUCUGUUUGGUUUUGUAGCCUGCUGGCUUGAGAAGCGCUUUGUCUUAAUUGAUUGGUAAUAACACAUUAAUUGUUAUUCCUGAAAUAUUUCAGGUUUUUCCAAUAAGUUUAACGGUAACUGUAAAUGCCGCCACUCCAUUGAAACCCUCAUAGCAGUGUCAACAAGAUGAAUUGGCCACCCUAAUGUCAGCUUUGAAUACCUUAAUGGUGGUCAAUUGAUUGAACCUCCCACCUCAGUUAACGAUAACUAUUUUUCGCGUUUCAAUCCCCCACCGACUUAGUGCCGUAAUUUUGUUUCUUUAGAGGCAAACCUUUUUGGUAAAAUCAGAGAUUUCACCAUCAUUACAUUCAACAUCAUCAUCAUCAUCAUCAUUGUGUCUCUGCUUGCUAAAAGGCGCAUAAGGCUGUAAAUCAAAGCCUUACGUAAAUCACUUGCUUUCUAACGAUCUUCAUUUUAAAUUCAGUGCUAAUUGUAAUCAAUUUUCUUUUCUCGAUUGGUAGAUUGUUUGGAAUUCCUGGUGUUUGCUCGGCGUGUAACAAACAAAUAGCCGCGUUUGAGUUUGUUAUGAGAGCAGGGAAGAACGCCUACCACAUCGAAUGCUUUUCGUGUCAGAUCUGCAGACAAAGAUUUAGAGUGGGCGAGAACUUUCAUUUUUAUAACAACAAAGUGCUUUGUUGGGAUCACUACAGAACGGAGAAAGAAGGGGAUAAAACUAAAGAUGAGUUCACCGACGUAGGACCGAAUUAG